UUCUAAAUAGAUAUCUUCUAAAUUUACUGGGGUGCAUUUGCAUUCAUGACUAAGCUCGUAGCUUAAUUCAACAUUGACAUCCUCAGGGAGUAGUGUUCUCCUGUGUCUCCCUAAAAGAAGAUCUCACUCGUUUAAUGCUACGUGCCUAGUCUCGUCUAUAGCAUGGAGCGCACUUAUAUUCAGGAAAAUAAGCAAACGCGACUCCAAGCGCUGGGCGAAGAAUGGGGUAUAACUAGUCGAUCUCCCCCGUCACCCUUGCCGAGGCCUGAUCAGCCGCCAUCCUACCGGACAGAUAACGAUGAGUUUAUAGCAGAAGAACUACUUAAGAGACAGCGCAUCAGCGAAUCCCAAGGUCACCAGCCAAAGGGGAGUAUCUCGCGUGCCUUCACAACAAAAAAGAAGACGUGGGAAUACCGGGAAAUUUACAACACCCUCGUGGCUCAUAUUACCAACCAAGGAUCACCAGGCGUUGCCGAAUGCCUAAUACUCAAGUUAAAUCUAGCCGGAGGGAACCUCAACUUGGCGCAGAAGAGUCGAACUAGUUUAUUAAGCAGAAGAAAGAGUCUCGAUCUGGCCGAACGCAGCCAAGUGCUCCAAAUAGCCGUCAAGAACGGCCAUUAUGAAAUGAUCGAGGUUCUUUUGCCCUACGCCGAUGCUUUAAGCCUAGAUACCGCAUUGCCUACUGCGAUUCGUGAUGGAAACGCGGCGAUUGUCGCACUUCUCAUAAGAUAUGGCGCGAGUGUAGCUCAGACUGCUGACGGACAGGAUGCAUUUCGACAGGUAUGCGCCAUUGGAGGCCAGCCCGAUCUAGUCGCGCUUAUUCUGGGAUCCGACGGACGGCCGUCAUUAUCAUGGAUAUCACAAUCCAUGGUUGAGGCAGCGAGGGUUGGGUGCCUGGGUACAGUAAUGCACCUCGGCCAGUCGACAGCAGACGGCAACCACGAUAGUGCCGCGGCGUUGAAAGCUGCUGUAGCUCUCGGCCGGAGAGAUAUCGCCCUCGCUAUUGUUCUCGGUAAUAAGCCACCAGCUCAACCCGGCCUUAAUGAGGCGUUUGAUCAGCUCAUGAGUCACCAAAACAUCAACCCCAACGAAAAGAUAGCCAUGGCGGAGAUUUUGUUGUGCGCCGGGGCGGAAGGUGAUCUGGUAUCGAAAGCUCUGGUGCAAUCGUGCGCCACUUACUUCCUCGAAAUGGUGCAUCUCUUAGUCUCUUAUGGUGCAUCAAUCGAAUACCAGGAUGCGAUCGCUGUUCGCAAAGCUGUCUCAAAGGGAAAGGUCGACUUGGUAGAGGUUAUGUUAAGUGGGAAAUCCAAAUUCAGCUCUCAUUACGCGUCUGAGUGCGUAGAGCUUCUGCCAAAAAAGUUGAGAUUUGAAGAACGUCACUCGCUCCUUAAUCUGCUACUUCGCAAAGGUGCAUCCGGAGCGCCCUUGGACGAGGCGCUAAUUGACGCAGUAGAAGCCGGCGAUGUCGAGGCGGUUAAAAUACUUCUCACGCCGCUGUUUCCCGAAGGUAAAAUCGUCGGGGCUAAAGAUAUUCGGAAAGGUCCGCGAAGCAUGGUAUUUGAGAGACAUGAGACUGCGUCGACAGACCAUAAAGGUGCCCUAGCGUUGCAGAUCGCCGUGAAGAAAGGGGACGUAGCUAUUGCGAACUUGAUUCUUUCGAAUAAGCCGCCCAACCCCGUUGCUCUCGCUCAGAUCUUCCCUAGCGUGCGGAAUCUACCCCCCCUUGGGCGGUAUCAGAUCUCGGAGUUAUUCUUAAGAGCUGGACUUACUGGACCGUCGGUUCAUUCGGCCCUCGAGAACGCCAUCGACGAGCAGCCACCACACCGAGAUGAGAAGCUCAUCGCACUCUUCCUCCGCUAUAAUGCAGACGUAAAUUUUAACGAAGGCCACACUAUUACGGCAGCUAUUUCACAGAAGGAUGUCCGACUCUUAGAACGAUUGCUCAAAAGCAAGCCCACAAUCCAGGUAGCAGCCAGAGCGAUUCCUAGGGCUAUGGAUGUCGAUGAAGGCUCGAUACGUUUUCAGAUGAUCAACAUGCUCUUAACAGCCGGCGCAUCACAGGGGGGACCUGAAGUAUCAGCAGCUGUCGAGGCAGCUAUACAGAUUGAUCCGCCAGAUAAACGACUACUUAAAAUAUUGCUGCAGCAAGGGAAUGCGGAUGUCAAUGUUAAUGAAGGGGUAGCUGUAGAGCGUGCCGCGCUACAUUCCGACUCGGAAAUUCUAGGAAUGAUUCUAUGUCUGGGGCAGCCCAAUGCUAGUAGCCUAGAACGGGGUCUAAAGAGCAUAGGAAAUCUUCCAAUGUCCACAGGGAAAACCGAAAAGCUAGAUGUGAUAUUACGCCGAACGCAGUCGAAGGAUACGGCCACCAGGCUACUCUUACAAGAAGUGUUGGCUAUUUUGAAAGUACCUUCGCACGAACAAAAUUUCUCUUCAAUAAAAGUCCUACUAGCAAACGGUGCUGAUAUCAAUGCUAUGAAUGCCGAAGCGUUGUGUCGAGCAGUAGCCGCGGCAAACAUGCAAUUGGUAGAGCUUUUGUUCACAGCCACUCCGACCCCUACUUCGAUGGCAUUUGCUAUGCCUCACGCCCUUCGCAUUCGUGAAUUGAUGGAUAGACUGACGUUCGCGCAAAAAAUCCUAGAAGGCGGUAUACCGGCAACCGAAGUGAAUAGAGCUCUCGUAUUUGCCGUCAGUACUUAUCCAGACGACAUACCGCUCAUCAAUACUCUCUUAGCCCGUGCAGAUACCCGAGACGGCCUAGCUUUGAUCGAGGCUGUUAAGGGAGAAAAGCAGGACGUCGUAGAGCUGAUUCUAGGCAAGAAGACUUUCCCCGUUGAGAUUCUCAACACAAGUUUUGCCCAGGCAACGAGGGGCAAGAACAAAAGAUCGAGAAGCAUGUCGUCUAUCAGUUUACUAAAAGCUGGCGCAUCGGGAGAAGUAGUAUCGGAUGCGCUAUUAGCAGCCGCUUCCGAUGGCGACGUAGAGUUCGGUACCAUCUUAGUACAGAAUGGAGGCAGCGUAGAACAUAAGGACGGUCAGGCCAUCAUAGAAGCUUGCAAGGCAGGGGCAGUCGAGGUCCUCGCAAUGCUGCUAGCAGGCGAAUCAAGAGUCGCCCAAAAAACGCUACAGAGAGGAUUUCAAGCCGCUACGCAAGUAGGAGACUUAAAGAAGCGAGCAGAGAUCUUCAAAUUGCUCUUGCAAGUGGGAGUCUCUGGAGAAGUGGUCGAUGCUCAACUCGUAUCAGCUGGGAGGUAUGGAGACGACGGGAAAGAUCUCGUCAGACUUCUGCUGGUGUACGGAGCGAGUCCCGAUUACAAUGAUGGAGAGGCUGUCGAAAAAGCAGCGAGGAGCGCCUUUUUGGGUAGCUUGGAGAUGUUAUUAGGCAUUGUUGAGGUUGGUGGGCGUCAGAAACGACCAUCUUCCCACACCUUGGUCCGCGCGAUGGAUGCUUGCUGGGAUCUAAGCAGAGACACGAGAUUUGCCAUUAUGAAUUGGGUUCUCCAAGCAGGAAGGCCUGUUCCCAGCGCUCUCCAUUCUUCUCUGAACCGUGCUGUCAAUGAAGAAGAUCCCGAUGAAAGACUUAUCGAGCUGCUUGUGAACUACCGUGCUUCUGCUACCGCAGAUGGUUGCCAGACUUUAAUUGACGCGACUACAACGCUAUCUCCGUCAGCAUUUUCCAAGCUCUUAGAUACUAAAAUCGCUGUCGAGGACACCUCCUUGGUGUUUAGUAAGGCAUUUGCACCCGAUCGCGUUUCGUCGUGGCUAUCUGGUCGAGGCUACGAGAUUGCCAAAUGCCUGCUAGAGAAAGGUGCUGCCGGCGAUGGAGUUGGAUCAGCAUUCGCCACAGUACUUGGGUUAUACAUCGAGACACAUACGCAAUUAGCAAACGACUUUGUGGAUUUACUUCUCAAACACGGCGCCGACGUCAACUACAACCACGGAGAGGCGUUGCAGAAUGCGGCUGCGCAAGGAGACCCCAAUCUUCUUAAAAGACUCCUAAGCGAGAAUCCCAACCCCCAAGCGCUAACGUUUGCGUUACCACGUGUAUUCGACGCCUCUGCAUCUGAAGAUGACAUAUAUGAUCUUAUCACGCUAUUCGUCGAAUACGGUGAUGGACAAAGCCGGAUGGACGUUGCGUUCAUCCAAACUGGUUCGGAGCCCAUCCUCGUCAAAGCUCUAAACCAGUUCCCACGAUCUACGAAGAUUCUCGGGGCAUUAUUAGAUGCCGGGUUCUAUCAUGACCAAUUGACGACGUGCAGAGUAAUGCAGGAGAUAGAGGAAGAAGAGGCUGUUACUCUGCUCAUGUGGGCCCUUAUUCAACCUCAGAAGAAAAUCAGUAGCGGAGUUAUCAACUUACUGAUCGAAAGGGGUGCUAAAGUUAACUUUGAAGCGCCUAUCUCUCGUGUUACUCCUCUCAUGCUAGCUAUACAAUGCCGUCGGCAAGACAUUGUGAAGUCUCUACUACUGGCAGAUGCUGAAGUUGACGUGACAGAUGCGACAGGGAAAUCCCCCUUGUCUAUGGCAUCUUCUAUCGGCGGUGACUUGGCUAUCACCAUAAUGUCCAAUUUGCUAGCGGCAGGGGCUUCGAGAAAUGAUGGUUCACUUCACAAUGCAGCACGAGAGCUUAACCUGCAAGCCAUGCAAGUAUUGGUCGAAUAUAGACACGACCCCGACUUUCCGAGCCCUCUGCAUGGUGGACGCAGUGCACUUGGCGAGCUAUGCCUACACGCAGCUGACUUCAGCGAGAUGACACCCCGCCGAGAGAAGGCGAUGGAAAAGGCGAUAAAUUUCCUCCUCCAGAGCGAAUCUGAUAUCACGCUACAAUCUGAUGGGAAAUCCGUCCUCCUUUUAGCUCUCGAAUCAACUGACCCCUUAACCACAACGAAAACUCUGCUGCGGGCCGACAUGUGGAGAUAUAUCAAUAAACCAUUCAACUACUUUAACGACGGCAAAUUCACUUACUCUCCCACCAUGUAUGUUCAACGCGUGCUACCAGAUUCGGAUCACAAACCACAGCUCUUAGCACUACUAAGGGCGAAUCGGGGGACUGAUGUAUACUAUUCCAACUCCGGUCCGCAGCCUGACGAUGCUAUCGGCAUGCCGACUAACAUCCAGCUCGAAGAGCAAGAACGUAAGGCGCGGUUAACCCGUCUCCGAAAGGAUAACGAGGACCACACGCUCGCGAUUCAGCGGAACAGGGAGUUAGCGGCAGUGCAGGCGCAAAUCUGGGCUAACCAGGCGGAGCUAGAGGAGGCGCGCAAGAGGCGGGCGCACAGCGCAGACCUAUCAGCGAUACAGGACCGCGCGCGUGUCGAAGAAGAGCUAUUCAACAACGCAAUGCGGCAGCAACGCGCACGCCACGUGGCCGAGGUCAAGCACCAAGAGGCACUAACACACGCCGGGUUAACACGCGCGCAGGCCCUCGCCGAUGCGGAGCUUGCCGUUGAAGCGCAGAAGCAAAGCCGUAUGCUCCAGUGGGAGCGUGACGUGGGCAGCGAGCGCGUUGGCAACGCAAACCAGCUAAGCAGCAUAAGACUCCGGGAGAGGGAGGAAUUAGAGCGCCUGGACCAGGUAGCAGACGCAAGACUCAAGAGUAGAAUACAGGAGCAACGGAAAUUGGUUGAUAGCCAGAGUACAUUAGCUGCGAAUAUAGCAGGCGCAGGACCCAGGGCGCAGAGACAGAUUGGGUAUGUGAGUGGUGAGUUAGAUUAAUUACUACCUAAGGUAACUAGUCAACCACAUCUGUAUAUCCCACAUAUAUCCGUGGAGUCGGACUCGGUCCUGUCGGUUUGGAUUAAUUAGCACGUAAAUGGACACUGGCUACCGCUUUGAGGUGGUUGGAGCAAAUCAUACAGUUUUCGGCACCGACGGCGUAAGGGUUAUUCGAUCAGAAAGCUGAGUUUUUAUAUACUCGGCAUAUUUUGGAAGAGUUAUUCUAGUAAUAGUAGCUGAAGAUAAUGCUACGGGUGGAGUUUAUGAGUUCCCAAGAUGUUGGGAAUUCCCGUUAAGCCUCGGACCUCCGACUAAGACCGAGUAGGAUCCGACGCCAUUGACUUUAAAACCUAACCGGGUAGCAACUUACAAAGCCGUUACGCACUCGGAGUAUCAAUACGCGAGCGUGUGACUCCGAAAUCUUGCAAACGAGUCUAAUAUGUUGAUAUUAUCUUCUAUCUCCCCUUUACAGUUUUCCAUCUUCGUUUAGCAAGAUACCCUAACAUAUUUUCCUUUUCUUUCUUGUUCGGUCUCUACCUAAGUACCUAGAUUACUUUCACACUUGGAUUACAAAAUAAAAAAAUAGAAAGUCGAUCAUUCGGCAUACG